CGCUCUCCUCCCUCCCCCGCUGACUGUUUGACUGGGUAGUGAUCAGCUGUUCACGAUGGCUGUGAACCCCAAGGCCUACCCUCUGGCGGAUGCUCAGCUCACCAACACCAUCAUGGACAUCGUCCAGCAGGCGACCAACUACAAGCAGCUGAAGAAGGGCGCGAACGAGGCCACCAAGACUCUGAACCGCGGCAUCAGCGAGGUGGUGGUGAUGGCGGCGGACACCGAGCCAAUCGAGAUCCUGCUGCACCUCCCCCUGCUGGCCGAGGACAAGAACGUGCCCUACGUUUUCGUGCCCUCCAAGGCCGCGCUUGGCCGCGCGUGCGGCGUGUCGCGACCCGUGAUUGCGUGCAGCGUGACCACCAAUGAGGGCAGCCAGCUGAAGAACCAGAUCCAGCAGCUGAAGCUGGCCAUUGAGAAGCUGCUGAUCUGAGUGCUUGCCGCGCAAGCACUCGAGAUGGUGGAGUGGCGGCGCAGCGCCGGCGCAGCCAGCAUUGUGGCUCGCACCAGGGCUGCGCAGCCCCGCGUCAGAUGCAGCAAAGCGCCAUGGCGGCUGGGCUGGGGGCGGCAGGCUGUGGCCCGAGCAGGCCGCAGCUUGCCGCCGUUCGGCUGGCUGGGGAGCAUCCCUAGGCCCGGAGCACUAUUUUCUCCGUCACUCGCUGACCUGAGACCCGACUGUUCUGCCGUGGCUGGGAUGCUGCCACCCGGCACGCAACUGUAACGAUAGCGCAGUUGC